CACACCCUUUAUAAACAACCAUCUCAAUUACUCAUUUUCUCAACCAAAAACCUCAAAAAUAAUUACACAAAAAACCCCAUAACUCAUCGAUUCCUAUUCAUUCAUCAAAAUCAUGAAUAUAAAUUCAAUUUCACCAAAUUUAAUAACCCUAAUUCUUGUCUUAAUCAUCCAUCCAUUGAAUACCCAUUCUUCAACAAUCCAUGAUCUUCUAAAAAGCCAAGGUCUUCCUGGUGGGCUUUUCCCAAGAAAUGUUGAGUCUUUUAGUUUGAAUCAAAAUGGGGUUUUAGAAGUAAACUUAAAUGAGCCAUGUGAAGCUAAGUUUGAUACAUUAGUUAGAUUUGACACCAUUGUUAAGGCUAAUCUUAGUUAUGGAGGUCUUAAUGGGGUUGAAGGUCUAAGUCAAGAAGAAUUGUUUUUAUGGCUUCCUGUUAAGGAUAUUAUUGUUCAAGAUCCUUCUUCUGGUGUUAUUUUGUUUGAUAUUGGUGUUGCUCAGAAACAACUUGCUUUUUCUCUAUUUGAAGAUCCUCCUCUUUGCAUUCCUCAUAGUUCAUAUAUACAAAAGCUAGGAAGGAAGGAAAAAGGAAUUCAUGAACUUCAAAAAUAUAGAUAGAAAUAAAACGUUUUUUAUAAAAUCCCAUCAAAGAAUUUUUGAUUAGGUUCCUAGAAAGAAAGUGGAACCUUUAAAAGAGGGAAAAAAAAAAAGAAAAAUUAAGUAUUAUAUGUUGAUAAAUUUAAUGAUGAUGGGAGACAAAGAGUUUGGAGGAAUCGAAUGUUAAUUGUUUUUGUUGUUGGGGUGUGUUUGUCUGUCAAGUAAAGAAAUGAUAGAGAAAGAUCAAAAAAGAAAAAGUGUGUUUAAGGUUGUGCUUAAUGUUCUUUAUUUGUUGUUAAAUUGAUGGCAUUUAAAGAUUAAAGCAUUAAGCAUAAAUCUUUUUAAAGAUUGUAUUCUUCAUUUUAAGAUGUUUUUUUGUUUAUACAAGCAAAAAUUUCAUCCAAACAGGUGUGAUUUUGAGCAUAUAUAAAGUUUUUAAUCGCACAAAA